AAUUAUCAAAUUCUCAAUCAUCCAAUCCAAUUCUCAACACUAAAAUCCGGUACUAAUUUCCACUACCGCCCAAAAGCUCCGAACCUUCUUCUCUUAUUAGGGUUUUUGCGACCGCCGGAGAAAAAUGCUCGUCUCGGCGCUGGUGACGUCACUGGCCAUAAACUCCGGCCUGUGCGUUCUCUUCUUCACGCUCUACUCCAUCCUGAGAAAACAGCCGAGCAACUCCGAGGUCUACAUACCGCGAGUUUUGGCCGAAGGCGGGUACAAGAAGAGUAGCCAUUUCAAUCUAGAGAGGCUGAUUCCUUCUCCCGAUUGGCUCCGAAGGGCCUGGAAGCUCACCGAGGACGAUUUGCUCGAGGCGUCGGGUUUGGACGCCGUGGUUUUUAUGCGGCUCAUCAAUUUCAGCCUGAGAGUGUUUCUGUUCGCCGGAGUUAUUGGCGUUUUCGUGCUGCUUCCGGUGAACUGCUCCGGCGAUGCGCUCGAGUACGUUGACUUCGCCGAUCUGUCUAAUAACUCAUUGGAUGUGUUCAGUAUUUCAAAUGUUGCUAGCGGCUCAAGCUUGUUAUGGAUUCACUUUUCGGCAGUGUACCUUGUCACCAUCUUUAUCUGCUGUCUACUCUAUUAUGAAUAUAGAUAUAUCUGUGAAAAGAGGACCAGUUAUUUUCUUGCAUCCAAGCCACAACCACAUCAGUUCACCAUCCUAGUUCGCAGCAUUCCUGUUCCUGUAGGGAGCAGCGUCAGUGAUAGUGUUGAGAGAUUCUUUAGCGAGUAUCAUCCUUCUACAUAUCUGUCACAUAGUGUUGUUCGUCGAACAAACAAACUUCAGAAUCUCAUUAGUGAUGCAAAAAAAUUGUAUAGCAGACUCGUUCACUUGAAGUCAGAUCCCAAUAAGCAAAAGUAUAAACGUUCCGGUACUUUUGGGUUGUUCGGACCCAAGGUUAAUCUACAAGAUCAUUACAAAAAGACGCUUGAGGACAUAGAGGAGAAUGUGAGAUUGGAGCAAUCAGAGGUUUCGUUAGCAGGAGAAGAAGUUCGAGCUGCGUUUGUGUCCUUCAAGUCUCGGUAUGGUGCCGCAAUUGCUUUCCACUUGCAACAAUCAACCAAUCCUACGCGAUGGGUCACAGAGCAAGCUCCUGAACCACAUGAUGUUUACUGGCCCUUCUUUUCCUCAUCAUUCAUUCGAAGAUGGAUAUCUAAGCUGGUGGUUAUAAUUGCUUGCAUUCUUCUUACAAUUCUAUUCCUCAUUCCUGUUGUACUUGUUCAAGGUCUCACUAACUUAAGCCAGUUGGAAAUCUACUUUCCCUUCCUCACGAGCAUUCUAACCAUAACAUUUGUCAGUGAAGUCAUUACAGGAUACCUUCCCAGUCUCAUUCUUCUGUUAUUUCUGAAAAUGGUGCCUCCUGUCAUGGAGGGUUUUUCAUCCAUUCAAGGCUAUAUUUCUAAUAGUGCAAUACAAAAGAGUGCGUGUUCAAAAGUACUUUGGUUCACAGUAUGGAACAUUUUUUUUGCUACUGUAUUUUCUGGAUCCGUAUUCUACAAGAUUUCCAUCUUUCUUGAUCCUAAGAACAUUCCUGCAAAGCUAGCUUCUGCUGUUCCUGCACAGGCGUCCUUUUUCAUUGCAUACGUUGUCACAUCAGGAUGGACGAGUACUUCAUCAGAACUCUUUCGCAUAAUUCCUUUACUUUGGAGUCUAAUGAAAAGACCUUUUACUGACAGUAAAGAUGAUGAACUUGAAGUUCCAGCCAUUCCUUACCAUAGUCACAUGCCAAGAAUUCUCUUUUUUGUACUUCUUGGUAUCACAUACUUCUUUCUAGCUCCACUAAUUCUGCCCUUCCUAUUGGUGUACCUCUGUCUUGGAUACAUAAUCUAUCGUAAUCAGUUCAUAAAUGUAUAUGCGCCUCGGUAUGAAACUGCAGGGAAGUUCUGGCCAAUCGCUCACAAUUCAGUUAUAUUUUCUCUGGUACUUAUGCACGCUAUUGCAGUUGGAGUCUUUACACUGAAGAGUAUCCCUGUAGCAUCAACCCUAACUUUCCCUCUUCCUGUGUUCACACUUCUUUUUAAUGAGUACUGCCGGAAACGCUUCCUGCCCAAUUUUAUUGCCUAUCCUGCUGAGAGUUUGUUAAAAAAGGACAGGCAAGAUGAGAAUGAUCCUACUAUGCCUGAAUUUUACAGUAAAUUGGUUGGUGUCUAUCAAGACCCGGCUUUGAUGCCUAUCAAUUUUUCUGCGAACGGUGACAGACUCAACAGCCCUCUUCUAUCUGCUUCUUCUUCAAGUCAUUCAUGAGGUUGAGGUAUGGUUGUAAUCUCUUGAUGACAUAUAGAUGGUGGUUUUAGUGUAGGUGCCAUACGUUGUCUACUGUCAGUUUGGUGUGAUACCUUAUUCUUUUUCCCUGUAAAAUAAAACUGUUAUCAAAAGAUCAUUCCCCAUCAUGAUCGAUGCGUUGUUCUC